AAAAAAUUAUUUUUUGUAUUUUGAUUGAAGAGAACUGAAAUUCCUCAAUUUCAAGUCCUGGUUCAAAGUUCACCACUAAUUCCCUUUGAUAUUUUUCAAUCUCAACCCCCAAAUCUCUUCUCGAAUCUCACCUAGGGCUUUUCAUCUCCCAUCCAAUAAGUUUCUGUAGAUCUCGUGACUUCAGCUAUGGCUAUGAUCGAUGAGCCUCUGUAUCCGAUCGCGGUUCUCAUCGAUGAGCUCAAGAACGAAGACAUUCAGCUGAGACUGAACUCGAUCCGCCGUCUCUCUACCAUCGCUCGUGCCCUAGGGGAGGACAGGACCCGGAAGGAGUUGAUUCCGUUCUUGAGCGAGAACAAUGAUGAUGAUGAUGAAGUACUCCUCGCGAUGGCUGAAGAAUUGGGUGUUUUUAUUCCCUAUGUGGGUGGGGUUGAGCACGCGAACGUGUUGCUUUCGCCGUUGGAGACUCUGUGUACUGUUGAAGAAACUUGUGUGAGGGACAAAGCGGUUGAGUCGUUGUGUAGGAUUGGGGCUCAGAUGAGGGAGCAGGACUUGAUCGAGUCGUUUAUUCCGUUGGUGAAGAGACUGGCUUCCGGCGAAUGGUUUACAGCUCGAGUUUCAUCGUGUGGAUUAUUUCAUAUUGCUUACCCAAGUGCCCCAGACACAUUAAAGACUGAACUACGAACAAUAUAUAAUCAAUUGUGUCAAGAUGACAUGCCCAUGGUGAGGAGAGCUGCUGCAACAAAUCUGGGAAAAUUUGCUGCCACUAUUGAAGCUGCCCAUAUGAAGAACGACAUCAUGUCAAUGUUUGAGGAUCUGACACAGGAUGAUCAAGAUUCUGUUCGGUUAUUGGCUGUCGAGGGUUGUGCAGCUCUUGGGAAGCUGUUGGAAUCCCAAGAUUGUGUAGCACAUAUUCUGCCUGUGAUAGUUAAUUUCUCUCAGGAUAAAUCUUGGCGGGUUCGUUAUAUGGUUGCAAAUCAAUUAUAUGAGCUAUGCGAAGCAGUAGGUCCAGAAUCUACCAGAACAGACUUGGUUCCUGCAUAUGUUCGACUUCUUCGAGACAAUGAGGCUGAAGUGCGUAUAGCCGCUGCAGGAAAAGUAACCAAGUUUUGUCGAAUUUUGAACCCGGAGCUUGCAAUUCAACAUAUCCUUCCUUGUGUGAAGGAACUAUCAUCAGAUUCAUCCCAGCAUGUACGUUCUGCUUUGGCAUCAGUUAUAAUGGGAAUGGCGCCAGUUCUAGGGAAGGAUGCAACAAUAGAGCAGCUUUUACCAAUCUUCCUCUCUCUUCUGAAAGAUGAGUUCCCUGACGUUCGACUGAAUAUUAUCAGCAAGCUUGAUCAAGUGAAUCAGGUCAUUGGAAUUGAUCUACUAUCCCAGUCCCUGCUGCCAGCAAUUGUUGAACUUGCAGAGGAUAGACACUGGAGAGUUCGUCUUGCAAUAAUAGAAUACAUACCAUUGUUGGCAAGUCAGUUGGGUGUCGGGUUUUUUGAUGAUAAGCUUGGUGCUCUUUGCAUGCAAUGGUUGAAAGAUAAGGUUUACUCUAUUCGAGAUGCAGCUGCUAAUAAUGUGAAGCGCCUUGCAGAAGAAUUUGGUCCAGAAUGGGCAAUGCAGCACAUAAUUCCACAGGUUUUGGACAUGAUUAACAAUCCACAUUAUUUAUAUCGGAUGACCAUACUACAUGCAAUUUGUCUCCUUGCCCCUGUUAUGGGGCCAGAAAUUACAUGUUCUAAACUUCUGCCUGUGGUCAUCACUGCAUCGAAAGACAGGGUACCGAACAUCAAGUUCAAUGUGGCAAAGGUGUUGCAGUCUCUUAUUCCUAUAGUUGACCAGUCUGUGGUAGAGAAGACAAUCCGUCCCUGUUUGGUUGAGCUGAGUGAGGACCCAGAUGUUGAUGUCAGGUAUUUUGCGAGCCAAGCGCUGCAAGCAACUACUGAUCAGGUCAUGAUGUCCAGCUAGAUUUGAUUGUAUCAUUAGGGUUUCAUUUUUCAUGAUUUGGAAAGUUCAGUUAUUAACAAAAUAUGUAAUCUCCUGUAUGUGUGGCGUGUUAGAAUCCUUGUCUAUCCGCUGAUUUGAUGUCCCUUUGGAUGCCUAAAAAAAGUUUCAAAUA